AGCUAACAGCAAUUUUCAUCACAAUAAAAAUCAUACAAAAUAUUCAGCGCUAAGGCAACAAUCAGCAAUGGCUCAUCCUCAUGGUAUUUCAAUUCUAUCUGGGAAACUUACAACUGAAUCACAUGUUGACUGCGAUGCCAACAGCUUUUACCAAAUAUAUAAGCAGCAUGUAGAUGUUCCAAAAGCGAUACCUCAUAUUUUCAGGUAUGUGAAAGUUGUUGAGGGAGAUGGUACUAAAUCCGGUUGUAUCAAGGAAUGGGGCUUUCAUUGCGAGGGUAAAGAACUGUUUGCCAAGGAGUCAACGACAUAUACCGAUGAAACAAGAACGAUAUGUCACAGCGUUAUAGAAGGAGACUUGAUGAAUGUUUACAAGAGGUUUAAUGGAACUCUUAUGGUUAAGGUUAAGCCUAUUGGUUAUGGAAGCAUUGUGAGCUGGACUGUGGAUUAUGAAUUGAUUAAUAAGGAUUCUCCGGUUCCCUUUGAUUAUGUAACUAUGUUCUCUCGGGUCAUUGAAGGCUUGGACGCUUACCUCUGCGCUUCUGGUUAACUGAUUGAUGGUUAUGCAUGUCCACCGGUAUAUGUACUGCGUACCGUGUUUGGUAAUAAGCUAAUAUAAGCCUGGACAUGCCCAAAAUCUAUGGUCGACUGUAUCAUGAAGGGAUUAUAUCGAAUGUUUUUAAUUUUAUUUUUAUUUUUGUUAUAAAUAAUAAGGUAUACAUAUCAAAUUCAUUUGGUUGUUUCUACUGUCUAUGAAUUUCAUAUCAUUGGCCUGUA